AUGGUUCGACUAUCCCUUCCCGUCAUUGUCUCACUGAUUGCGGGCGCCUCCGCUACGGGCUGCGGCUACAAACUCGCCCCGUGCACCGACGGCAACGUGUGCGUGCCCGACAGCGCCGAGUGCACAAUGGUCAUUGGCCGAUGCCCGGGCACCUGCACCGCGCCCAUCACCGACGGUCGCCCGUGCGGCUUCCGCAUCGCUCCCUGCGACGAGGGCGACGUCUGCGUCCCCAACGACGCUUCCUGCACGGACCUCGACGUCUGCGCCGGGCAGUGCUAUCCCCUGCCGACCUCGACCGUCAAGGAGAGACAGACUCCGACCACGACUUACCAGGCAUGUGGCGGACACGUCAUUUCGCCUACUCCUUGCCCCGACGACUACCAGUGCAUUGAUGAUCCUCGCCGUGGUGGAUGUGGCAUGGCUUGUGAUAUGCCUGGCAUUUGUGUGCCGAAUGACUACGAGCCUUGCUCCGGAUUCCUUGGACUCCAAUGCGAAGAUGGAUCGGGUUUGCAGUGCUAUGACCUCCCCAAUGACGAUUGCGAUCCCGACAAUGGUGGCGCCGAUUGCAUUGGUAUCUGCCUGGCGCCUAUCAAGAAUGAGUAUUAG